GCCGACCCAAAACCAAACCCAAACCGCACCAUUCCUUUUCCCUCCUCACUUUGUUUGUCGUAUCCUACCAAUUAAAUCCUCAACCACGGAAUUGGAUUAGAUUUCUUAUCCUCUCUCAAUUUCACUCUCAAUUCUCUAUCUAAUCAAAAAUGGCGAACGAACUGCCUCCUCUGUUCUUCCACAACUCCCCUCCGCUCUCAGAUUUCCAGCACUAACUCUACAGUCUACAAUUUCCCGCCUCCAUGGAUUCCCUUUCCAUCAGCCAACCCCUUUCCCGACUCAAGCUCUCCCCAAAAUGCCCUCUCCUCCCCAACCAUUCCAAUCCCCUGUUUCUUCCCCACCACCAAACCCAAAAAGCUCGCACCUUUACCCUCUCCGCCGUCCAAGACCAGGAAACCCAGCAGCCAAUCCAAGGCGGCGGCGGAGGGGACGACUACGGCGAGGUCGACAAGAUAAUCGGAAGCAGAGCCCUCGAAGGCGGCGCCGGGAUGGAGUACCUAAUCCAAUGGAAAGACGGCCACGAACCCUCCUGGCUCCUCUCCGACUACAUCGCUAAGGACGUCGUCGCCGAGUACGAAUCCCCCUGGUGGACAGCCGCCAAGAAGGCCGACGCUUCCGCCCUCCAAUCCAUCCUCGAAUCGGAACUCGGCGACGCCCGGGACGUCGACGCCGUCGACCAGGCCGGCCGUACGGCGCUCCACUUCGUCUCGGGCCUCGGCUCCGAGCAGUGCGUGAAGCUUCUAGCCGAAUCCGGCGCGGACCUCGACCGCCAGGACAACGGUGGCGGCCUGACGCCGCUGCACAUGGCGGCAGGGUAUGUAAAACCGGGCGUGGCGAAAACCCUUUUGGACCUCGGCGCCGACCCGGAAAUUGAGGACGACAGAGGGCUGACGCCGCUGGAUCUGGCGAGGCAGAUCCUGCAGGUGACUCCCAAAGGGAAUCCGCUACAAUUCGGGAGGAGAUUGGGGCUCGAGGCAGUGAUUAAAGUGGUGGAGGAAGGAAUGUUCGAGUACGCGGAGGUGCAGGAGAUAAUUGAGAAGCGCGGGAAAGGAGACGGCGCGGAGUAUUUGGUGCAGUGGAAGGACGGCGGCGAUCGCGAGUGGGUGAAGAAGGCGCUGGUCGCGGAGGAUCUGGUGAAGGACUUCGAGGCAGGGCUGGAGUACGCGGUGGCGGAGGCUGUGAUGGGGAAGAGAGUGAUCGACGGCGAGGAGGAGAAGAAGGAGUAUCUGGUGAAAUGGACGGAUAUCGAUGAUGCCACGUGGGAGCCCGAGGAGAAUGUUGACCCUGAUUUGAUCGUGGAGUUCGAGGCUCGGGAAGGGGCCGGCUCGGCUCCUUGAUUAGGUGGCCGUUUUGGGCCUUGGGCCCUGAUUGUCUUUAUAACCUAGAUUUUACUUGGGCUUUUAACACAUUUGAAACAAGGCCUAUUGGACUUGGAACAAUUGCUUGAUUAAUAUUCCCCCCCGUCCUUAGGCCCAUACAUUGACGAAAUCCAUUACGCUAGCGGAAACUAAUCAACAACAUACAUGAAUAGUUGAACAAUUUAGUUUUACUAUUAGUGCUUGAAAUCCAUAAACACAAAUAAAUAAGUGUGGACUAA